AUGUUGCAUUCUCUCUCUCUAUGUUUUUUAAAUCAUGAACACUUUCCUCUUCCUGCUCAUUGUUCUCUGCCCUUCAUACAAAAUUCUAUCUAUCUAUCUAUCUAUCUAUCUAUCUAUCUAUCUAUCUAUCUAUCUAUCUAUCUAUGUCUACAUUUCUCUCUGUUUAUCCUUCCCUCUGUCUGUCCACAUUAUAUCUAUCUAUCUAUCUAUCUAUCUAUCUAUCUAUGUGCACAUCUUUCCCUCUCCCUCCUCUCUCUCUAUAAAUUAGGAAACUGCUUUCUUUCUUUCUUUCUUUCUUUCUUUCUUUCUUUCUUUCUUUCCUGCUUUUCUUAUUUCUUUCCUUCCUUCCUACUUUCUUUCCUUCUUUCUUUCCUUCCUACUUUCUUUCCUUCCUUCCUUCUUACUUUCUUGCUUCGUUCGUUCGUUCCUUCCUUCUCUUCUUCGUUCCUUCUUUCCUUCGUUGCUUCCCUUUUUCCUGCCUUCCUUCAUUCAUUCUUUCUUUCCUUCCUUCUCUCCUUCGUUCCUUCGUUCCUUCCUUCCUUCGUUCCUUCCUUUGUUCCUUCUUUCGUUCGUUCGUUUCUUCCUUCCUUCCUGUCUUCGUCCCUUCCUUUGCUCCUUCUUUCCUUCCUUUUAUCCUUCCUUCCUGUCUUCAUUCCUUUUUUCUUUCUUUCCUUUCUUUCUUCUUUCCUUCCUUCUUUCCUUCCUUUCUUCUUUCCUUUCUUCUUUCCUUCGUUGCUUCUUUCCUUUCUUCUUUCCUUUUUUUCUUUCAUUCCUUUUUUGUUCGUUCGUUCCUUCGUUCGUUCCUUCUUUCCUUCUAAAUUUCUUCACACAAAAUUUCCCAUUGUAAGGAUUCUCCAAAAAAAUUAUGUAUUCUGUUAUAAAUCAAUUCUUAUUCGCACCCCCUCUCUCUCUCUUUCAGGAAAAUCUUAA